AAUCUUUCCCACAUUUCACAGAUGUCUCGCACCACUCUCCCUAUCUCUAUUUGACUAGAAUGUCUCCUCCCCUUCUCCUCCCCUAACCCACCAUGCCUCCGUUCCUCCACCUCGACCCUCUCUUCUGCGACGAAGACCACUUCGACUCCACCCAAAAUCAGGAAUCCUCCUAUUCCUUAAACUCCCAUUCUUUCCUCAAUCUCGACCUCGGCCACGAUGAGGAGCUCACCUCACUACUGCACAAAGAGCAGCAAACCGCACCGCACCAACAAGAUCCAACGCCUAACCCCACAAGGGAACAAGUAGUUCAAUGGAUGCUUCGAGUGGUUGCCUACUAUUCCUUCUCCCCUCUCACUGCGCUUCUUGCAGUCGCCUACCUCGAUAGAUUCCUCCACAGAUGCGACAAGCCGUGGAUGUUUCAGCUCGCUGCUGUCGCUUCUCUCUCCCUCGCUGCUAAAGUUGACGAAACCGAUGUCCCUCUUCUUCUCGAUUUUCAAGUGGAGGAGCCCAUUUAUGUGUUUCAGCCCAAAAACAUCCAGAAAAUGGAGAUUCUUAUCCUGUCUACGCUUGAGUGGAAGAUGAAUCUCGUCACCCCAUUUUCGUUUCUUGAUUACCUUGCAAGAAGGCUGGGGUUGAAUGAUCAUCUUUGUGGGGAUUUUCUCGCUAGAUGCGAGCGAUUGAUUCUCUCUGUUGUAACUGACAGCGGAUUCAUGGGGUAUCUACCUUCUACAAUGGCGACUGCUGCAAUGGUGCAUGUGAUAGCCAGCAUUGAACCCUCCAUCGAUUUGGAACAACAAGAUCGACUAUUGGGAAUUCUUGGAAUCAACAAGGACAAGGUGAGAGACUGCUGUAGGCUAAUUCAAGAAGUGGCAACAAAUGCCGGAAACAAGAGAAAGUUGGGAUCUUUGCCAUGUAGCCCAAAAGGGGUGUUUGAUCUCUCAUUCAUCUCUGAUUCCUCUAACGAUUCUUGGGCAGUAGCUUCAAAUUCUUCCUCAGUUUCGUCCUCGCCGCAGUUCAAGAAAAUCAAGACACAUCAAUUUUCAGAAUUCUAAUUAAUAUAAUAAAUAUAUUAUAUAUAUGUUGAAUAACAUUUGUAUUCAGUUAAAUGCCAACCAUCCUUGCAAGAAAAUCAUUUUGUGGGCCAUCUGAGAAAUGGGGGUAAAGAUGGUUGGCAUUUUAUGCGGAUGAAGGUAAUAGAAAUGCAGAGAAAUUAAUUUA